CUAAUUAUUACUCCGCCGAAGGUCACUCUACCAAAACGCUAACUCAACCAGCCAUGGCGGCCGCCUCCGCCGAUCAACACCAACCACCAGAAUCGCCGCCCCUCCUUAUCCUCCACCGCUUUCCCAGCUUCAAGCUCUCCUUUUUCCCCUUCCUCCGGACCAAAUACACCGUCCUCGACCCGCACGCCGACCCACCCGACCCAUCAUUCCCGGCCUUAUCCAAGUCCGCGCGCCUCAUGCUCUGCGUGGGGCCCACGCCCCUCACCUCCGACGACCUCGUCAAUUACCCCGCCGUCGAGUGCGUCGUCGGCUCCAGCGCCGGACUCAACCACCUCGACCUCGACGCCUGCCGCCGCCGCCGCAUCCGCGUCACCAGCGCCGGCGACGCCUUCUCCGAUGACGUGGCGGACUACGCCGUCGGCCUCGCCAUCGACGUCCUUAGACGGAUCUCUUCUGCCGAUCGGUUCGUUCGGGCCGGAUCCUGGCCCGCCCGCAACGAAUAUUCUCUAGGAUCAAAGGUGAGCGGAAAACGAGUAGGGAUAGUGGGAUUAGGUAGCAUUGGCUCGAGAAUUGCCAAACGAUUCGAUGCAUUCGGUUGCACCGUUACAUACACCUCGAGGAAUAAGAAAUCUCAUUUACCGUACACUUACUACGCCGACAUUCUCGAUCUCGCAUCGAACAGCGAUGUACUCGUAGUUUGCUGCGCACUGACGAACGAGACGCACCAUUUGAUCGACAAGGAUGUUAUGGCGGCACUAGGAAAGAGGGGCAUAAUCGUAAACGUCGGGCGUGGGGCCCUUAUCGACGAGAAGGAAUUGGUGGAGUUCUUGGUGAGGGGGGAGAUAGGUGGGGCCGGCCUCGACGUGUUUGAAAACGAGCCUCGUGUUCCGAAAGAGCUGUUGGAGUUGGACAACGUUGUCUUGUCUCCGCAUAAAGCUGUAAUGACUCCCGAUUCGUUUGCAGCGCUUGAGGAGAUGGUACUUGGCAACUUGGAAGCUUUCUUCGCUAACGAACCUUUGAAGGCGGAGAUUGAGCUUUGAUUUACGAUAUGGUGCCACUCUGCAAUUUGGGGGUAUAUGACUUCUUCGACCCUACACCCGGUGAUAAAUACCGGGUAGGUCUUCUGUUGUCACGUGGAUUUUUUUGUAUUUUAUUAUAUAUUCCCCCACUUGGGUUAACACUUGGGUUAACCUGUUGGAGUUUUAGAAAAAUACAAAAAAAAAUAUGUGGCAGUAGAAGACCCACCCAGUGUUUAUCACCGGGUGUAGGGUCGAAGGAAA